AUGUUCCGUCGCGCAUUGCUCGGCGCCCGCCUGGGCUCCUCCGUCUCCGAGUCAUGCAGCCGAAUCAUCAGGCCUGCAGCAUUCGCCCCAUCUCAGGAGCUCCGACCGCAUCAGCAACCCGUUGCAUCCAGCGGAGUCAACGGCUUGUCCCCGACCAGCAAGCGCACCAUCUUCAUCCAGACGGAAAACACACCUAACCCCGAUGCCCUGAAAUUCAUUCCCAACCACCGCGUCAUCCCUGAAGACUUCCCCUCGUCCUUCCUCGAAUACCUCACACCCCGCUCAACCCUCGCACCACCGCACCCGUCCCCACUCGCGGCAAAGCUCCUAGACGUCGAAGGCGUAACCUCCGUCUUCUACGGGCCCGAAUUCAUCACCGUCACCAAGUCCAGCGACAUCAACUGGGCGCACAUCAAGCCGGAAGUCUUCAGCCUCAUCACGCAAACCGUGACCUCCGGUGAGACGAUUGUGUCGACAGUGGAAUCUGACGGAUCGGAGGGCGCGCAGGAAUUCGAUAACGACUCCCUUGCCUUUAAUGAGGAGGAUGACGAGGUCAUUAGCAUGAUCAAGGAACUUCUCGAAACUCGCAUUCGCCCCGCUAUCCAGGAGGAUGGUGGUGAUAUCGAGCUGCGUGGGUUCGAGAAUGGAAUUGUUAUGCUUAAGCUUCGUGGUGCUUGCCGUACUUGUGACUCUAGCACUGUUACCUUGAAGAAUGGUAUUGAGUCCAUGCUCAUGCACUAUAUCGAGGAGGUCCAGGGCGUGGAGCAGGUCAUUGAUCAAGAAGAGGCGAUCUCGAUGCAUGAAUUCGCUCGCUUCGAAGAGAAGCUGCGACAGCAGAAGGGCGAGGGCGCAACGGCCAGCAGCCCGCUGGACAGUGCGCCUUAG